AUGGAGUUCGUGGAUGGUGGUGAACUCAUCGACGUCUGCCUGGCACAUUGCCAGGGUGUGAUCUGGUUCGAGAUCGACAAAAAUGGCCCUUUACCAGAACAUGAGGCAAGAUAUGUUUUUCUGCAAAUAGUUCUUGGUCUCAGAUACAUCCACUCCAAGGGCGUGGUGCAUCGAGAUCUCAAGCUGGAGAAUGUCUUGGUGGACAAAGCCUUGUGGCGUGCCGAGCAAUUCCAAAUUCUGGCGCUUUCCCUCUAUGUAGGUGUCCCCAAGUAUUGGUCUUGUGUUGUCUUAAAUGAAUCAACAUCGACCUUUGUUCGAAGCUUUCUUCCACUUGCGUUCCGCUACAGUCUUGGAAAACACUGUCCGCGGCAAGCGGCUUACAUGCUCGAAUCGCAAGUGCCAUGCCCAAAAGCUCUGAGGAUUAGUUCCGCAACGCAAGCCGCAAGUGUCUCUUCCGAAGAUGAGGGAAGAAUCCAAAAAUCCAAACGGCAAGACCCGUCCCUGCAAGAUGGCAAGACGCAAAUCGCAUGUACUCUUGGUAGAAACUCGCUUCUCAAUACCGCUUUUCGCAAGCAAUGUCGCCCUAAGGUUUUGGAACUAAGCCUCCUGAAAUGCGAAGACAGUAAUCGCAAAACAGCGCGCUAA